CCCUGCCGCCCAUCAGGAUCCCCAUGCCCCAUACCCCGCCGCCAAUCCCCAUACCCCGCUGCCGAUCAGAUCUGCGCAGCCGUCGUGCGAUCUGCGCACUCCACAGCACCGCCGCCGCGGAACGACUUGACAGUGCCGCCGCCACGUUUCUGGAUCGCUGGCAGUUUUUGGAUCACGCGCCGCCACGGAACGUGCGAUCGGCGACGCUGUACGGUUUCAACCCCAGUAGUUACAUAUGGGGACUCCACACAGCAAGCCAGCGGAACAGACGACUUCAUCACAUGUACCUCCAGGCCCGAUGGAGGGGACAAGUGUUGACGACUCUAACGAAGGGAUUAUACCCAUAGCCGAUGAUGUUGACAAAAUUUACCCACGUAGUACAGGAGUCCAUACUACUCCCUCCGAACGUAUGAUACUUGAGACCGAUGGUGAUAGCACAUAUGAUACUCCAGGCCCGAUGGAGGGGCCAAAUGGUGACGACUCUAAUUUAGGGGUUAUACCUGGAGUCGACGAUGUUCACAAGAAUUACCCAAGUAGUCCAGGAGCCCAUAUUACUCACUCGGACUGGAUGAUUCUUGAACAGGCCGAUUGUGAAAGGACAUGUGUUCAUCAACCUUCCCAUCUGAUUUCGGGUAAGUAUUAUGUUGCCGAAAGGUUAAGACCAUGUGCCUACAACUUUGCCUUAGUUCGGUCCAAUAUAUAUUUAUGUUAACAUGAUGCAGACAACCCUCCAAUCUCAUUCCUUUAUAAUGUAGAUUCGUUGCCAGCUCUCAGUAAUCUGACAAAAUAACUAGGUAGCAUGCAACGUGACAGUUGGGAAGAGAGGUCGCAUAAUGUUCCACGCCACUCACAGUGAUAUCACUAAUGCAGAUCAUGCAGACAACCCUCCAAUCUCAUUCCUAUAUAAUGUAGAUUCGUUGCCAGCUCUCAGUAAUCUGACAAAAUAACUAGGUAGCAUGCAACGUGACAGUUGGGAAGAGAGGUCGCAUAAUGUUCCACGCCAUCCUCACAGUGAUAUCACUAAUGCAGAUCAACCACCCUCUGUGGACCUUGACGAAAAAAGAAAGGUGAUAAAAACUCAGAGGCGAACUGCUUAUAGAAAGAAACAAGAGGAGGCUACCGUCAAGCAACAAGAUGAAAAUAUGUCUGCCCUUACGAUAUCAGAUAUGCUGAAUGUGGGUGGGUUACCUCUCGGUGAUAUCACUAAUGUGUGUCAACAAACCACGGUGGACCUUGACGAGAAAAAAGAGCAAAAAAAGGCUCGGAGGAGAGCUGCUUAUCGAAAGAAAAAAGAGGAGGAAUCCAGCAAGCAACAAGAUGAAAAUCUGACUGGCCUUACGAUAUCAGGUAAGGAUGAUUAUGUUUAUGAUGACCAUAUGUAUACUUUCUUAGUGAAUAAUGUAGGCGACACAUGUUUCCUCACCCCAACCCCAUGAAUAAUUGACCAAGAAUAUAGAAUAAAAAUAAUUGACCAACACAAUUCCUGAUCAUUUAGGUUCAAUUUGAUAUAGGGCAGACAUACGACUUUUGAGUACAUAUAGACUUUAUGUAUGGACACGGAGGGAUUCUAUAAAAAAUAAACCUAGAUUAAGAAGUAGCUUCAACCAGCCCUGUUACCUCUCGGUGAACAAUGAAGACCCUAAACCCUCCGGGCAGAUAUGCAAAAUGUUCCCCUGUUACCUCUCGAUGAUACCACCCCAACUACAUCCAGCAAUACAUCAUCGUUUAACCAGACCGUGCAGAUAUAUAAAGUAAGCGUUUGUGUAGUACAUGAAAUCUUCUUGAACAAUGAAGACCCUAAACCCUCCGUGCAGAUAUGCAAAAUGUUCCCCUGUUACCUCUCGGUGAUAUCACUAAUGGGUGUCAACCAUUCUCGGUGGACCUUGACGAGAAAAAGAGCAAAUAAAGGCUCGGAGGAGAGCUGCUUAUCGAAAGAAAAAAGAGGAGGCAGCCAACAAGCAACUAGAUGAAAAACAGCCUGAUAAAGAACACAAUUGUGACUUAACAGACAAGCAAAUUGAGCAGAGAAACGCGCGGAGGCGAGCAAGUUAUCGGAAAAAAGUGGGUGACGGAACGAUCGAUCUUCAACAAAAAAAUCAGAAGUUGCAAGAAUGGCGCGUGCAACACCCUAAAACCAUGACUGAGGAUGAAAGGGGGGAGUCAAGUGCAAAGAGAAAGGCAAAGUAUGCUGCAAAGAAAAACACGCCGUGUGCUGAAUCGAUCGCAAUGCCACGUCCAGAUUUAACUAGCACAUUGUCCAACCCUCACACACAUUGUCUGACUCUCGCACUUUCAGCCCUCACGCAACAAUUCGACAGUGAACAAAUAGAUCAUGCUCCUACGGUCAAUGUGGCCCCCACAUACAUUCGCAACACCGAAACCGAUGGUACAUAUCCUAUCAACCAUCAUCUUUCAUCAUGUAAUCAUUCAUGAUAUAUAAAUAAUGAUUCGAUGAUGUUGUAGGUGCAUAUCUAAGCAGAACCUUCGGUGAUGGUGCUAUACAUGGCAACCUCAUCGAAAUCAAUGUGCACCUACAAAAUGCCGACCAGCAAGCCAGUGAUCCGGUAACAAUAGCGGAUAAUGGAGUGGACGAGCAGAGUCAUGAGUAAGCAGCGCGUGGGAGGAGAGAGCGAGCUUGCAAGGGAGGUAUGGCGGCAAAGAAGCGUCAGCAGAAAAUUGGCAAGCAAAAAACAUGUACGCAGGUACCGCGUGGUGAGAGGAAUGCUCUACGCGACCGGCGUAAUGAAAGGUUUGCAGGUAGGGUGAUGACCCCAACUGUCAGGUCCAUCUCCAUACCGGAAAUGAGCUCAACUGGACAACCUACCGUAGUGGAAGCACACGGUACCUCGACCUCAUCUAGCACGCCGGAGUACACGAUCAGAAGUGAAGACGACAUGGACGCUUACCUUAGUCGUCUCAUGAAUGAUAAUGUCAACCCUGAUAGCCUCUUUGACGAUGAGUAUUACCUGUUUGCUGGUGAAGGCUCAGAUGCUGAUGACAUGGAGCAUGACGAAUUGGAAGACUCAAGUCACAAUACCUAUGUCGACCAUGAUCCAUUGGACUAUGUCUACUCAAACCUCCCAGACCACACACACGUCCUGAAGCAUGCCGCAAAUUGCGAUCACUGCAAAGCCAAGAAGUUUGUGUCCGAGGCCCCGGGAUUCUGCUGUCGUAGUGGGCAGAUCCAGCUGAAGCAACCGGAGCCCAUCCCGGAGCUAAUGAGGCUUUGGUCUAGCAUGGAUGCAGACUCAAGGCAUUUUCGGGAGAACAUACGGUUCUUCAACGGCCACUUCUCCUUCACAACCCUCGGGGUCAGCCUUGAUGAAAGCUACACAAACAUGAAGUCUGGGGUGUACACAUUCCGGGCGCACGGCACCAUCUACCACAACGUUCAUUCCUUCAGGCCAACAUCACAUCCAGAUCAUCUACAAUUGUACUUCUAUGACGACGACCCAGGCCUAACCCAUCGCAAGGCUGCCACCGAGCAAUUAGACCAAGAUGUCGUCAGAAAGUUAGUGGACAUACUCAGGGAAAACCCGUACUCCCAGCAGUUUACGAGUUUGGGUGCACACAGGGACAACCUCGACAAUUACAGGAUAGACCUCAACACUGACCAGAGACUAGACCAACGGAAGUAUAAUAGACCUCUGUCAUCUGAGGUCGCUGCAAUUUGGGUGGAGGGCACUGACCUAGCGAAGAGGUUCGAUCGUAGGAUUACACUUUGCGGGAAUGACAACCAGAGGCAUAGUAUACAUGUGACGGCUGGCUCGUAUGACCCUCUCUCUUACCCACUCCUCUACCCAAGGGGGGAGCUCGGUUGGCACCCGAAACUUCCUAAACGUGAUGUCCCUUGGCCGGUUGUGCAACAACCAAGAGGUAGAGGUGAUGAUGGUGAUGAUGAGGACGCAGAGGGGAAUAGCAGGUUAUGCGUCUCGGUGAGAGACUACUACUGUUACAUGCUGCAGACACGACCUGGGAUAUUCAAUCCCAUACUCUGUGGAGCACGAUUGCUCCAGCAAUGGGGGGUGGACAUGUACAUCAAGAUUGAGAGUUGUAGGUUGAAAUGGUACAGGAAGAACCAGACAAAGAUCCGUGCCGACCUGUAUAAAGGAGUUGUUGAUGCAAUUACAUCCGGGGAGACCCGGGCAAGCGUUGUUGGAGUAAGGAUAGUGCUCCCUGGAACGUACCCAGGUGGCAACCGUGACAUGAAGCGAAGGCAUAUGGAUGCCAUGGCAAUUGUCCAUACCUACGGGAAGCCUGACAUCUUCUUGACCAUGACCUGCAACCGUAACUGGGAAGAGAUAACAAAUGAGUUGUUUCCUGGCCAGACUGCGCAAGACCGACCUGAUCUUGUGGCUCGUGUGUUCCAUGGCAAGCUAGAGGCUAUGAAAGAGAUGUUGUUCAAGAAGAAUAUCCUGGGUGUUGUUGUCGCACAUGUAUACGUAGUCGAGUUCCAAAAGAGGGGCCUUCCCCACGCACACUUUUUGUUGAUCAUGGACUCUGCCUAUAAGCUUGUCGUUCCGGAGCAGUACGAUCGACUCAUUUCUGCCGAGCUCCCAGACAAGCAAAAGUAUCCUGAACUCCACGCCUUGGUGGUGAAACAUAUGAUGCACGGACCAUGCGGUGCUCUCAACCCCAAAAAUGUUUGCAUGCAACAAAACGAGUGCAAGUGCAAAUACCCGCGGCCGUUCAAUGAAAACACGGCACAGGGCAAGGACUCAUACCCUGUUUAUCGUCGUUGAGAUAAU